AUGAUAACUGAGGAAAAAGUAAGCCCAAUACUUGAAAAAAAAAAUAAAAAAAAGAAGGUAUCACCUUUGACUAUUCAUGAGGUACGAUGGUUUUAUAAAAGAAGUAAUGAAACAAAAUGGCUUCCAUUUAAGGGAUAUGACUCAAUUAAUAUAGAACUUCAUUAUCGACAAAUGUUUGGUGUUCCAAUAGAAGAGGAAGCACAACAUUUAUUAGAAGAAUGUUCAGAUUCAAUUGACAUUAUAGUGAUGGAUGGACUUUAUCAACUUGAUUCAGCAUUUUUAAAAGUUUAUCCUAUCUAUUGGAAAGAUGAUGAUUUUGAUAUUUGUCGUGGUAUUUGGUUUACAACUUUUGAUAUGCAACCAAUAAACAAAGAUUUGGCUGAACGUAUUGAAAAACAUCAUUUACAACAAUUCUUAGAUCAAACAAUACCAUUUGGUCCUGUUUUUAGUGAUAAAGAUACUACUAAACGCCCAUUACUAACAUCAUUUGAAACUCCAACAGAAGAAGUAAGAUGGAAUUCUGUUAUUGAUAUAUGCCUUUUAUAUAAUAGUAAAACAAGUAAAUUAUUAAGAUAUAUUUCAUGGUCAAAAGCUAUACCAUUAACUAGGGGAUAUCCUGAUGAGGCAUUAUUUGAAGAUGGAAAACCUGAUUUUACGGAUUUAAUUUUAGUUGUCCAUGGUAUAGGACAAAAAGGUUAUGAAAAUUUAAUAGCUAAAAAUACAAAUCAAUUAAGAGAAUUAUUAACACCAAUUAUUGAUAAACAAUAUACUAAAUGUAAAAAAAAAAUGAUAAUGUUACCAAUUGAAUGGAGAAGUCAUUUAGUAUUAGAUGAAGAUAUGAGUUCACAUAUUUUACUUAGUAAAAUGAGUAAUUUAAGAGAAACAAUGAAUGCAGUUGCUUUGGAUAUUAUGUAUUAUCAAUCUCCAUUAUAUAGAACAGAGAUUGUGAAUGGAGUAAUUAGACAAUUAAAUGAUGUGUAUAGAACAUUUAUAAAAUAUAAUCCAAAAUUCAAAGGAAAUGUAUCAAUAUUUGCACAUUCACUUGGUUCUGUUAUAUCAUUUGACAUACUUUCAAAAUGGUCACCAUUACAUAUUUAUGAUGAGUAUGUAACAAAUGCUUUAAUGACAAAAAUAGAAUCAUUGGAAGGAUCAGAUAGAAUAAGAUUGUGUAAUUAUUUAGAUUCAAGGCAAACAUUAUUUGAUAGUGUUCAACUUGAAGAUAUUUUAGAUGAACAGGAAGAAAGUCUUAUUUUUAAUGUUAAAACAUUAUUUUGUGUUGGUUCACCAUUAGGAAUAUUUUUGGUAAUGAGAGGUGCUACCCCAAAAACAUUUGAAGCAUUAAAUGGUAAAGUUGAAAGAAUAAUUAAUAUUUAUCAUCCAAUGGAUCCUGUAGCUUAUAGAUUGGAACCAAUAUUCCAUGAAAAUUAUAAAUUUGUUAAACCAUUAAAAUUAUUUUCAUAUACUGAUGAAAAGUCACAUACUUCAUCAUAUAAUUUCAACUUAGAGUUAAUGAGAGAUUAUCAAAGAAAAAAACUUGAAAAAAUAUCAAGAAAUCAAAGUCCUAUUGUGGAAAUUAAACCAAAUCCAAAUGAUGCAUUUUUAGAAGGGUAUAACAGUGAUGAAUCAUCAUCUGAAAGUUCUCCAACAAAUAGCACUAACAAUGUUAGCAAAUUAAAAUCACAACAUGAAGAUGUUGUUGAAAGUAAAAAAACUGGAAGCUGGUUUAGUUCAAAUAAAAAUAAGGGUCCUAAGAUAGAAGAAAAAGCUAUUGAUGCAUUAGAAACACUAGAUACAACUGGUGAUUUAGAAACUUUAAUAAAUAUUGUUCCAAAAGAUGUUAAGCUUAAAAGAAGAAUUGAUUUUCAGGUGCAAAGAAGUUUAAUGGAUAAAAGUUAUGUUGGAAUGCUAAGAGCACAUUUUUCAUAUUGGACUAAUCCUGAUGUAGUUUCAUUUAUUGCAAAUAUUAUGCUUAAUGAUCAUAAUGAAGGAUUUGGUGAAGUAAUUGAAAAAGAGGAUAUCUAUCACAUGAAUGAUAUAUCAAAAGAGCAUUCAUAA